UACACAUUAUAAGCAGAUUAAACAUUUGUGAAGAGCAACUUCAUCUACCUAGCAUGCCAAUUACCCAUAUCAUUUCGAAACUUGUUCUUUCAGCAAGCUCCGCACUCGUUGCAUUCGGGUGUUGGAAGUUAGGAGAGCAAGUAUGGCACAAUCUUAGGUCCCCACUGUGCGUACUACAAGGCCCAAAAGGAACAAGCUGGCUAUAUGGAAACUUGAAGGACAUUUUCAAGGCGGAAAAUUCAGUCCUUCACGAGCAAUGGGUGGAGCAAUAUGGGAUGACCCUGAAAUACAAAGGGUUCUUCUUUUCAGACCGAUUGUUCACGAUGGACACCCGCGCACUGAACCAUGUUCUCACCCAUAGUAGUAGCGAUUAUCAGAAACCGUCACAAGUCCGGUAUAAUCUCUCCAGAAUUUUGGGUGAAGGUGUCCUGUUUGUUGAAGGGGCUCAACAUCGUCAGCAGAACCCCGCCUUUGGACCCGCCCAGAUCCGCGCACUAACGGACAUCUUCUUGAGCAAAUCGAUCAAGCUUCGAGACAUCUGGUCUACCAUGACCGUUGCCAGUGAACAUGCGGCUCGGAUGGAUAUCAUGCCCUGGCUGAGCAAAAUGAUGUUGGACGUCAUCGGGCUUGCAGGUUUCAACUAUGAGUUCGACGCCCUGAAUGCAACCGAUAAACCAAAUGAACUUAACCAAGCCUUCUCAGUCAUGUUUUCUGCCAGUCAGCAGAUUAGCAUCAUCCCCAUACUUAAGGCAUAUUCCUUUGCUCCGAUGGAUCAUGCAGCCCAAAAGAUGAUGGGUCGCAUCGGCAGCCAGCUCCUGCAUGAUGCUAAAGCCGCCGUCAUAUCCUCUCACAGCACUGAAAAAGGUGGUUCCAUUGAGAAGAGUUGUCUUCAAGGGCGCGAUUUACUUAGUUUACUUGUUCGUGCCAAUAUGGCAACCGAUAUCCCUGAAAACCAGAGGAUAUCGGACGAGGAUGUUCCGACUUUUUUGGUCGUGGGACAUGAGACCACGAGCACGUCAACAACUUGGGCACUCUAUGCGCUCUGCCUACGCCCGGACAUUCAAACCAAGCUCCGGGAGGAACUCUUGACAGUGGAGACUGAGACUCCAUCCAUGGACGAACUCAUGGCGCUCUCUUAUCUUGACGCGGUUGUGCGCGAGACACUUCGUUUGCACCCUCCUGUCCCUAGCACAGUUCGCAUCGCAAUGAAAGAUGAUAUCCUCCCAGUGGACACGCCUUUUACGGACAAGUAUGGAGUGGUUCAUAAUGGGAUCAAGGUUAGCAAGGGCGACCCGAUUUUCAUCCCCAUCUUGGCAAUCAACAGAUCGGAGGCGAUUUGGCGCGCCGAUGCAAAAGAGUUCAAUCCUGACCGCUGGGCAUCACUUCCAGAGGUAGCAUCGCAAGUUCCUGGGGUCUGUGGACACCUCAUGAUGUUCCUCGGUGGUCCACGCGCGUGUAUUGGGUAUCGCUUUUCACUUGUGGAGUAUCUUGCUGUUCCUGCUUCAGAUGUCGGAAAGAGGUCGUCGAUCGUACAGAGGCCAUUCUUAUGCAGUGACCCAGAGAACAAAGACCAGCUUCCCUUGCUGGUGAAGCCGUAUUGCAAGACCUCAGGACUCUCGUACCAGUUCUAG